AUGGGGAGGGGAAAAGUGGAGUUGAAGAGGAUCGAGAACAAGAUCAAUAGGCAAGUGACGUUCUCAAAGAGAAGGUCUGGUUUACUGAAGAAAGCCCGGGAGAUCUCUGUGCUUUGCGAUGCUGAUGUGGCUCUCAUAGUCUUCUCCACUAAAGGCAAGCUUUUCGACUACUCCACCCAACCUUCUUUGGAGAGAACUCUAGAACGGUAUGAGAGGAAUUCUUAUGCGGAGAGGCAAGUCGGUGAAGGAGAUCAAGCAUCAAAUAAAAACUGGGUUAUAGAACACGAAAAACUCGAGGCUAGGUUGGAGGUGCUACAGCGAUAUCAAAGGAAUUUUAUGGGAGAAGAGCUUGAUAGCUUAAAUCUCAGAGGUCUCCAGAGUUUGGAACAACAACUUGAUUCCGCUCUCAAGCACAUUAGAUCACGAAAGAACCAAACCAUGCAUGAAUCUAUUUCAGAGCUUCAGAAAAAGGAUAGGGAACUCCGGGAACAUAACAACUUGCUCGCCAAGAAGAUAAAGGAAAAGAAGGCACUGGCCUCUCAAGAGCAAGAGGGGUUGACUUCUGUCGUUAUAACUCAACCAUUGGAGUCCCUAAAUAUUGGGUUAGUAUCUUCGCGUUCAUAA